AGUGUGGCCCCAGAAGUGCCACCUGUCAGUGCUCAUCAGUAUCAGUGCCACGUGCCAGUGCCCAUCAGUGCCACCCAUCAGUGCCAGUCAGUGUCGCCUAUCAGUGCUGCCAGUGUCGCCUAUCAGUGCCAGUCAGUGCCGCCUAACAGUGCCAGUCAGUGCUGCCGAUCAGUGCCAUUAUAUCAGUGCUGCCUUUCAGUGCCCAUCAGUAAUGCCUGUCAAUGCCCAUCAGUGCAACCUACCAGUGCCACCUAUCAG